UGAUAGGACAGAGGGAAAUCGAGAGAGGAGGGGACGAGGGAGAGAGAAAGAUAGACACCUGCAGGCUGUCUUCACCACCUGUGAAGUUAUCCUUAAGUAGUGGAACCUCAACCUGCUCUGUAUUAUAUAACUUGCACACUUCUUGCUGAAAGGACCACAGGAUGGAGGACAAGCGUAACAUCCAGAUCAUAGAGUGGGAGCACCUGGACAAGAAGAAGUUCUACGUGCUGGGCGUGGCCAUGACCAUGAUGAUCCGCGUGAGCGUCUACCCCUUCACGCUCAUCCGCACGCGCCUGCAGGUGCAGAAAGGCAAGAGCCUCUACCACGGCACCUUCGACGCCUUCAUCAAGAUCCUGCGGGCUGACGGUGUGACCGGCCUCUACCGGGGAUUCCUGGUCAACACCUUCACCCUCAUCUCUGGCCAGUGCUACGUCACCACCUACGAACUCACCCGCAAGUUCGUGGCGGACUACAGCCAGAGCAACACGGUCAAGUCGCUGGUAGCUGGCGGCUCAGCCUCCCUGGUGGCCCAGAGCAUCACGGUACCCAUCGAUGUGGUCUCCCAGCACCUAAUGAUGCAGCGCAAGGGGGAGAAGAUGAGCCGCUUCCAGGUGCGGGCCAGCCCAGAGGGACACGGGGUCGUGGCUUUUGGCCAAACCAAGGACAUCAUCAGGCAGAUCCUGAGGGCUGAUGGGCUGCGAGGCUUCUACAGGGGCUACGUGGCUUCACUGCUGACCUACAUCCCCAACAGCGCCGUCUGGUGGCCCUUCUACCACUUCUAUGCAGAGCAGCUCUCUUACUUCUGUCCCAAGGAGUGCCCUCACAUCAUCCUCCAAGCCAUCUCGGGGCCCUUGGCUGCAGCCACCGCUUCCAUUGUCACCAACCCCAUGGAUGUCAUCCGAACCCGGGUGCAGGUUGAGGGCAAGAACUCCAUCAUCUUGACCUUCCGGCAGCUGAUGGCAGAGGAGGGGCCCUGGGGCCUCAUGAAAGGCCUCUCUGCCCGAAUCAUCUCAGCCACCCCGUCCACCAUCGUCAUCGUGGUGGGAUAUGAGAGCCUCAAGAAACUGAGCCUGCGCCCAGAGCUGGUGGACUCACGACACUGGUAACCAGUGGUGGGGAGGAGCUCCCACACUACCUGCUGAGGGUGGGGGCAGAGUGAGGAGGCCUGCGCCUCGCCCAGUGCCCCCACCACAGGCCUAGCCCCGACCUGGUCCUGGUGGCCUGUCUGAGACAGUGACAGAGACUCUGAACUGCUUGUGCUGAAGAAGCUCCACAGCUGGGCUCCUUAUCCCGUUAUUCUAUGCCUCUGGCCAAACCCGGAUCCCUCACUCUGUCCAAUCCUGAGGCAAUCUGCUGUUCUUCCAAUCCCACCCUGCCAUCUUCUGUCUACCCGAGAGCCUGAGAAGAGAGCCUGUACAUAGAGCUUGUUGGCCGCCACUAAUUCUUCCUCUAGGCCCUCUCUGGACUCCAAGCCAUUUCCAUCAGCUACUUCCCUGACU